CUUUAAUCAAAGCCUCAAAAGCUCAAAAAAGCGUGCCAAAAAAACCAAGUCUUACUUUGUCUUUCUCAAUGACAAUGGCUGUCUCAUUUUCCAUUAAAACUAUACUAUUUCUUUGCUUCUUCUCCUUCUACCUCAGUAAAGGGUACCCUUUUUCCUUCACUCUUAUUGGGUUACUCAUCUCAGUUUAAAUCUGGAAUUUAAAAAAAAUGGGGAACCUUUAUUGGGUUUACUUAGUGCUGCCAUUUUGUUUUGGGUUGGUUUUAAACACUUUGAGUCAAGAGAACUCAGAUUCAGAUGUAUACAUUGUCACUCUUAAGCAAGCUCCUUUAUCUCUUAGCUAUCAAGGGUUCAACAAUGGCUCUACUUCAGUGAGAUUAAACAAGCUUUACAAGCCAAGGAACGAUUCAAGAUCACAUCAAAGGUCUAGUUCUUAUAUAUCUCGAGUUCAUGAUUCUUUGUUAAAGAAAGCUUUGAAAGGGGAGAAAUAUAUGAAGUUAUAUAGUUACCAUUACUUGAUUAACGGCUUUUCAGUGCUUAUUACUCCUCAACAGGCGGACAUGCUUUCGAGGAGACAAGAAGUUGCGAAUGUUGUGUUGGAUUUUCCUGUUAGAACUGCAACCACAUAUACUCCACAGUUCUUAGGUCUACCAAAGGGUGUAUGGCCCCGGGAUGGCGGAUAUGAAACGGCCGGAGAGGGUAUUGUAAUCGGGUUUAUUGAUACCGGUAUAGAUCCAACUCAUUCUAGCUUUGCCGAUGAUGUAUCAGACCAUAAAUACCCUAUUCCGGACCAUUUUUCCGGCAUUUGUGAGGUUACUCGAGACUUUCCUUCCGGAUCAUGCAAUAGGAAGCUUGUCGGAGCACGCCAUUUUGCAGCAUCUGCUAUAACGAGGGGAGUAUUCAAUUCAUCUCAGGACUAUGCUUCACCGUUAGACGGUGAUGGCCAUGGCACGCACACGGCUUCGGUUGCAGCAGGAAACCAUGGGAUUCCAGUGAUGGUGGCUGGAAACUACUUCGGAAAUGCUAGUGGGAUGGCUCCUCGUUCACACAUUGCUGUUUACAAAGCUUUAUAUAAGAGUUUCGGUGGAUUUGCUGCAGAUGUAGUUGCAGCUAUAGACCAGGCAGCUCAAGACGGGGUCGAUAUAAUAAGCUUAUCGAUAACUCCCAAUAGACGUCCACCCGGUAUUGCAACGUUUUUCAAUCCCAUUGACAUGGCAUUGCUAUCAGCUGUGAAGUCUGGUAUUUUCAUUGUCCAAGCUGCCGGAAAUACCGGACCGUCACCUAAGAGUAUGUCUUCUUUCAGUCCAUGGAUCUUCACUGUUGGUGCUGCCUCUCAUGACAGAGUAUAUUCUAACUCUAUCAUCCUUGGAAACAAUGUAACUAUCCCUGGAGUUGGACUUGCCCCGGGUACAUGUUCAAAUGAAAUGUACACAUUGAUUUCUGCAGUUCAUGCUCUAAGCAAUGAAACAACACUUGCCAAUGAUAUGUAUGCCGGUGAAUGCCAAGACCCCAGUAAUUUUGAUCGGGAAUUUAUCCAAGGAAACUUGUUAAUCUGUAGCUAUUCGAUCCGGUUUGUGCUCGGACUCUCUACGGUCAAGCGGGCCUUACAAACUGCGAAAAACCUCAGUGCAGCUGGUGUUGUGUUCUGUAUGGAUCCUUUCGUAAUUGGUUUUCAGCUUAAUCCAACACCAUUGAACAUGCCUGGCAUCAUAAUUCCUUCUACAAACGAUUCCAAGAUUUUACUCCAAUAUUACAAUUCUUCUUUGGAGAGAGAUGGUUUCACAAAGAAAAUUGUUAGAUUCGGGGCAGUUGCGAGCAUUUCAGGUGGACUGGAAGCAAACUAUAGUGUCUCGGCUCCGAAGGUCAUGUAUUAUUCUGCCCGAGGACCAGAUCCUGAGGACGGUUUUCUAGACAACGCGGACAUAAUGAAACCGAACUUGGUUGCUCCUGGGAAUUCAAUAUGGGCUGCUUGGAGUACUCUCGGCAUGGAAUCAGUUGAAUUCCAAGGUGAAAGCUUCGCGAUGAUGUCCGGGACAAGCAUGGCGGCUCCUCAUAUUGCCGGGCUAGCUGCAUUGAUAAAACAAAAGUUUCCUCAUUUCAGUCCAGCAGCCAUUGCUUCAGCACUUUCUACAACGGCUUCACUUUACGACAAAAACGGCAGUCCGAUAAUGGCUCAACGCGCUUAUACGAACCCUGAUCUAAACCAAUCUCCAGCUACACCAUUUGACAUGGGGAACGGCUUCGUAAACGCAUCAUCGGCUCUCGAUCCGGGUCUAAUCUUCGAAUCAACCUAUGAAGAUUAUAUGUCCUUUCUUUGCGGCAUCAACGGUUCAAUCCCCAUUGUUUUUAACCACACGGGUCAAAACUGUCAGCUCUAUAACUCGACAGUCACCGCUGCUGACUUAAACUUGCCAUCGAUCACCAUUGCAAGACUGAACCGAUCUCAAACCGUUGGAAGAUCAUUGACAAACAUUGCGGGCAAUGAAUCGUACAGGGUUGAUUGGACUGCUCCUUUCGGUGUUUCAAUGAACGUCACUCCAGCUCAUUUCUUCAUUGCCAUGGGGGAGAAGCAAGUCUUAAAUAUAACCUUUAAUGCGAUGACAAAUGAUUCCACCGCCAGUUUUGGGAGGAUCGGACUUGUCGGAAACGGUGGCCAUAACCUUAAUAUACCAUUAUCAGUCAUUGUAAAGCUUUACUAGUGAGUUUUUUACAGUAUGCCUUUUUGCUUUGUUCUUCAGCUUUUUCGUUGCCUUAGCUGUCAACCAAUUUUUUUCAUUCAUUACCAUGUAAAUGCAAAUCAUUUUGUAAUCAAAAUUGAUUAAAUAGUUUAGUAGUUGUUCA